AUGGCAGACAUCUCCUUGAUUAACGCCUUGACUGACCCCAUCGACGAUUGUAGCUCAAGCUAUGCGGUGGCGACCGUGAAAUAUCAGCUCCAGUCGCUGCUGCAGUCUGGUGGAGUCUCUUUCGAGUUCUUGAACAGGAAUCCGUUUCUGCUGGGAAACGAACACUCGACCUUGGCCACCCCGACUGUCCGCAGGGCGAUCAGCUACCUCGAAGCACUCGGCAACAUUCUCAUCCCUCACUUUGACCUCGGGAGCGCGCCACUGAAACCGCUGAUGGUGCCACAUAUUCGUGCGAUCUGGGAACACCUCAUCGAAUGGCUCGAUUAUCUGCACCCCAAGCGUCACGUCGGUACUACGCGAAUGGCCAAUGUCCCGAUCUCCGCCGUCGCCUGCGCCCUUCACGGCCUAAUGUCCCUCAAGAACGAGCUGUUCGACCUCUUCCAGCAAACACCACUCGUCUACCAGCUGACGUUCGACCUAUGGGUGAAGAUCGAUCAAUACUGCAAGUACCCGCGUGCGCUCGACACGGAGAAGCGUCUUCAGACGCUGCUCAUGGCGAUCAGACCAGCUCUUCUCGCCCCGGGCGUGACCAAACCUGAAUAUGGAAAGCCUGAAUGUCUCGACCCCCUCGCCCAGAAGAUGGCCUUCGCAACGACGGGAAACCGACCGCGGAAAUUCUAUCGUCGUGCCAUUCAUCUCAUCGCUACCUUGGAAAGGGCCAAUCCGCCGAACACUCUGCUCAGCGGGCAAGCUGAUACGACGAUUGGCUCCGCGACGAACAACCAAAUGUCGCUGCUGGCAAUCAUGAUUGGCACGCUGCUGCCUACGCCCUACUUCGCUCGCGACGUCGUUCUGACCAUGGUGGAUACCUUGCGCCGCCUGAUGGCGCGCCCGAGAGCAUUGGAAUGCGCAGAGUUGGCCGCGCACGUACUGUGGGCGAUGUGGCGCACCGCUGGCGAUCGCCGGUCUCUCAUGUGGGCGCUAAAGGCCAAAGUCUUCGAUCUGCUCGUCGUGCUCGUCCACAGAGAUCCAGAAAAUCGGUCGCUGAGGAUAGUGUGUGAUUGGCUCAUGGUGCAGGGUAUGUAUAUCAGGGUCCUGAGGGCGCUCAUACCCCGCGGCUUCACGACAGUGAGCACGGUCCCCGAAAUAUCGGCAUGGUCCCAGAUGCGGAAUCUCAUCAUGUGGGACUCAUUCGAUGUGUUGUGCUCUGCUCGCAAGUGUCGCAAACGAAAGGCCUCCGUACGCCGCUGCGUGUGCCUAUGCACUCAGUACUGCUCGAAAGAGUGCCAGGAGGCCGAUUGGCCUCGGCAUCGACCGCGCUGCAAGUCAAUUCGCGCGGUCAACAAUGAUGACGCGCUUCUCAAGAUUGGGCCCGAGAUCACACCACUCGACAUUCGCUUUCAGGUGCUCUGUUCUCGCUCAAUCAUCCGCGAUCACGCACCUGCCAUCGUCAAAUGGAUCCUUGACCGAAAAGACAGAAACUCGUAUGAUUUCGUUGUCACAAUCGACUGCGUUGCAUUACCACCCCAGCCCAAGUAUUCGCUUCGCAAGAAAGGCAAACGUGUGGCUAGGAUGAUUGUCUUGGCGGAGGUACCGGGCAUAGCCCAUGAUUUUCACAAGAAGCCACAUACGCUCGUCGCGUGUCCGGGCGUACCGCUGCGAUGGCCACUAGACGGAUACGUGCCGACAGACGAUGGAUGGAUGAAUCCUGCCGGAGAUUGGAGAAGCGACGCAUGGGAGGAUUGAGCGACCUUCUGCGAAUUACAUUAUUAUUCCUCGCACUUGAGUUUGGCCUACUUAGCUGGCUCGAGUCCUAUCUUAGACAUCUAAUGUCGCACUGGACAUGGUAAUUUCACACACAUUUGUUAGGGC